AUGCUGGGUAGCACUUUUGGUGGCUGUUUGGUGACGGGUGGGAGGUGCACGGGCAAAGCAGAGCAGGCCAUUUGGCAUUCACAAAGGGCUGGACGUCGGGUUCCAAAGCACCCAGGUUAUAUUCGCGGGAAUUGCUGCGGCUGCCCAGGCAAGUGCAAGGCAUACGGGCGAGUAGAACGGAGAAUCACCAUUCAAGUUAUAUUUCCAGGUUCUUUCCAUCAGGAGUUGGAGACUAGGUGGGCAGGGACGAAGGCGAGAAAUGCAGAUGGGUAUAAGUUGUGGUACUCUGGAGUCGUGAGGGGUAAGAAUAGAGUGGGUAUCUUGGUGGAUAGGGAUCUUAGAGAGUCUGUGGUUGAGGUUAGGCGAGUGAAUGAUAGGCUGAUGUUUAUUAAGUUGGUGAUCGGUGAGUGCACCCUCAAUGUCGUUAGCGUUUACGCACCGCAAGCGGGCUUGAAUGAGGAGGUUAAGAGGCGCUUUUGGGAGGGCUUGGACGAGAUUGUGCAUAGUAUUCCACCUACUGAAAGGUUAUUUAUUGGAGGGGAUUUUAAUGGCCAUAUUGGGGAGGCUGCUGGUAGUUAUGGCGAGAGGGAGGAGCAUCUGGUCACUUUUCGGAGUUCGGCGGUGAAGACUCAGAUCGAUUACCUUCUCCUCAAAAGGUGUGAUAGAGGGUUGUGCAAGGAUUGCAAGGUUAUCCCGGGAGAGACCCUCGCGACUCAGCAUAGGCUCUUAGUGAUGGAAAUCGGCAUUAUGAUGAAGAGGAAGAAGAGGUAUGCUCGUGGCCGACCGAGGAUUAGAUGGGGAGCUUUAACCAAGGAUAAAGCCCAGGAGUUGGAGGCAAGGUUAUCCGCUAUGGGAGCUUAG